UAGUGUCCACUGCCUUUAAGCAAAUUUUUUGCUUAAGCAGCUCUAUGAAAUUGGCCCAGGUCCACGCCUGUGACAAUUUAAACCCAUCAAGGAAGAUUCCAAUUCUUGCGAUCAUUGUGAGAUCAUGGGCGUGCACUGAAUACAGUAGAAAAUAGAGAUUUAGGUUGAAUCGGAGAGACCAGCUGUUACUAAACUGCCAUGUAUUUUGAUCUAAUUGGGAGAAGAAAAAAAAUGACCCAUUAUUUGACCCAUAAGAACCCCAGCCAUGCAGCAUCAAGAAAUCAUGCAGGUAGAAUCAAGCAAUAUGGCACCACAUCCAUUGGGCAACGGGGCAUUAUUAGCACCACAUCCAUAUGGGCAACGGGUGUUUACCAAGUGUAUUUGCAUUAUUCCUCGAUGUUUUAAUCAAUUCACACCCAUGGAAGCACGAAAUAAAACAUUGUUGGAAACAAAAUGCUGUACACACCUCUGUGUCAGUUGUUCUGUAUAAAAACUCUCUAAACACUGUCAAAGGAGGGCGCACUCGAUACAAACAUUACAACACAACUCGUCGUCACACGUGUGCAUUGCUGCUGGGUGGUGUUUAUUGAAAAAAUGUAAAAGGCAAUCAGUUCGACAAUAUCUGUCACUUUCCCCUAAAAAGAAUCCAUAUUGUUUGAUUCGAUGCUGCAAUAAAAAAAAAUCAAAUAUGCCUAAAGUAAAGAGUGCCAAGAAAUCUCGCGUUCAUGAACAGGUUUUCAAGCAGGGAAUCCAGUUCAGGACGGCCAUCGGUCAGCACAUUCUGAAGAAUCCAUUGAUAGUUGAUUCAAUCAUUGAUAAGGCGGCCUUGCGUCCAACAGACACAGUGCUAGAGGUUGGACCUGGAACUGGAAACAUGACUGUCAAACUCCUGGAGAAGGCCAAAAAGGUAGUAGCUUGUGAGAUUGAUCCAAGACUUGCAGCAGAGCUUCAGAAAAGAGUCCAAGGAACGCAUGUAGCGAGCAAACUUCACAUGAUCAUCGGUGACGUCUUGAAGUCAGAUCUACCUUUCUUUGAUGCGUGUGUUGCUAAUCUUCCUUAUCAAAUCUCAUCUCCUUUUGUCUUCAAACUCCUUCUCCAUAGACCCUUCUUUAGGUGUGCAGUGUUAAUGUUUCAGCAGGAAUUUGCUCAGCGAUUAGUUGCCAAGCCAGGGGACAAGUUGUACUGCAGGCUUUCUAUUAAUACACAGCUAUUGGCUCGAGUUGACCAUCUUAUGAAGGUUGGAAAGAAUAAUUUCAGACCACCCCCAAAGGUUGAGUCCAGUGUUGUUCGCAUCGAGCCACGGAAUCCUCCCCCUCCUGUCAACUUUCAGGAAUGGGAUGGUCUCGUUAGAAUAGCCUUUGUUAGGAAGAACAAGACAUUGAAUGCUUCUUUCAAGACCAGAUCUGUUAUGGAAAUGCUUGAAAAAAACUACAGAAUUCACUGCUCUGUCAAAAAUAUUCCCAUACCCUCUGAUUUUGACAUCAAAGUACGAAUUCAGCAAAUUUUGGAAAGCAACGAUUUUGACAAGAAGCGAGCCCGUACCAUGGACAUUGAUGACUUCCUUCGAUUACUGAACUGUUUUAAUUUGGAAGGCAUUCACUUCUCUUGAAGAAACUAACACAGAAUUGUUUAUUUGUGGAAAACUCAUCAAUUAAAAAUAAUGAAGCUGUUACUACUGAGGUUGUCUUUAUCUAGCUCCCCGACUAUGUUGAACGAGUGUUAACUAAAGUGGGAACAGGCUAUCUUGACUUUGAGCUUGUUUGAUCAAUGGACGUAAAAUAUAAUGGGUAAGAAUUGAUGUUAACAAAACAGUCUGCAACCAGGAUCCAAGUAAUGGGCGGUAAUUUUAAAUGAUGGCAUUUCCAGAUUUUGAUAUCCCCUGGAGUCAAAGAUUUCAUGGAGCUUUUGGGAACAGUCUCCUCAUAAUUCUAAUUGUAUACAAAGAUAAUAAUGAAUUCUUUUGUUGCCUAGCAGAUAUAAGAAAACUCUAAAUUUAUGUGGUAAUAAACUACAAGGCAAACUGACUGGUUAAGUUUUUAAAUAGUUUGGGUUUGAACAAAGAUAAAUUUACUCAAAUGGGCAAAGUGACUGGUUAAGUUUUUAAAUAGUUUGGGUUUGAACAAAGACAAAAUAAUUACUCAAAUGGGCAAACUGACUGGUUAAGUUUUAAACAGUUUGGGUUUGAACAAAGACAAAUUAAUUACUCAAAUGGGAAACUGACUGGUUAAGUUUUUAAAUAGUUUGGGUUUGAACAAAGACAAAUUAAUUACUCAAAUGGGCAAACUGACUGGUUAAGUUUUUAAAUAGUUUGGGUUUGAACAAAGACAAAUUAAUUACUCAAAUGGGCAAACUGACUGGUCAAGUUUUUAAAUAGUUUGGGUUUGAACAAAGACAAAUUUACUCAAAUGGGCAAACUGACUGGUUAAGUUUUUAAAUAGUUUGGGUUUGAACAAAGACAAAUUAAUUACUCAAAUGGGCAAACUGACUGGUUAAGUUUUUAAAUAGUUUGGGUUUGAACAAAGACAAAUUUACUCAAAUGGGCAAACUGACUGGUUAAGUUUUUAAAUAGUUUGGGUUUGAACAAAGACAAAUUAAUUACUCAAAUGGGCAAACUGACUGGUUAAGUUUUUAAAUAGUUUGGGUUUGAACAAAGACAAAUUUACUUGGAUGGGAUUUGAACUAACAACCUCCGGAUUACCGUACCGUCACUCUACCAAGAACUGAGCUAUCCAGCCUUAUAUUCACUCUACCAACUGAGCUAUCCAGCCUUAUAUUCACUCUACCAACUGAGCUAUCCAGCCUUAUGUUGCAAUCUGUGUUCGGGUUCCAGUCACAAAGACAAAGACAUUUCUCACCUCUGAAAAUCAUGUCUAGGAAGGAGUAAAGGGGUUAAGAAAGCUCUGGCUGUUUACAGAUCACGGGGACGCAAGUAAGUUACAUUCAAUACAAACAUCACAAUUUAUAUUUGUCAUUUUAUUACCAACUGUACAGAUAGAGUAGCAUUUGUUGAAAUAAACUUCUUCAAUGUUUGUUAAUACAAAAAAAACUAUGGUUCAUUUUUGUCUUGAUGUUUGGACUAACCUUACUAAAACAGGAUUUAUAUUUCUACAAAAUCUAGAUCUUGCACUUAUGCUAUGAUAUUAGAUAAUAUGCAACCUACUACUUGAUCUUGUUUGUAUUUAUUCCUUAUUUGCCAUAAUUUCGGAGUCUCUGUAAAACAUUCCCCUGAAAUUUGUAAUGGCCAAAAGAAAACAUUUUGAACUUGAAACAAGUUAGGUAAUUUCAAAAUAAACUCAUAAUCAUAAUACAGUAUACAUGUAUGUUGAUUAUUAAUCAAUUGUAAACAUGUCAUAUUUAACGUCUAUCAAGAUAAAAUUCAUAAAUUAAAGCUAACAUGUUAUUGACACUCUCUCUGCCUAGGCACUGAAGUACAUACACCCUAAAACUACAAAGGAAAAAUAAAUAUUUCAUUAAAUUAUCUUUCAAAUCUUUCAAAUAAUUAACAUACAACAAAAUAAUAAAAAAU